ACUUCUCAAUAUUCAUCAUCCUAGCCCUCUCUUCCUCUCUCUCUCUACACACACAUCCCUCCAUCCAUUUGUACAUCAAAUUAAGUCUAGAAAAAUGGGUGAUGUUUCAAUCUCAAACGGUUUGACUAACUCUCAGAGGAAGAGCUGCUGGUAUGAGGAAGAAAUUGAGGAGAAUUUGAGGUGGUGCUUUGCACUUAAGAGUAUUUUGCACACAGGUGCCUCUCAAUACCAGGACAUUCAACUCUUGGACACUAAGCCCUUUGGCAAGGCUCUUGUAAUUGAUGGAAAGCUUCAAAGUGCUGAGAUAGAUGAGUUCAUCUAUCAUGAGUCUCUUGUCCAUCCAGCACUUCUAAAUCAUCCCAAUCCAAAAACUAUUUUCAUAAUGGGGGGAGGUGAAGGCUCUACUGCUAGAGAAAUACUGAGGCACAAGACAGUGGAAAAGGUCAUAAUGUGUGACAUUGAUGAGGAAGUGGUAGAAUUUUGCAAGUCACACUUGUUGGUUAACAAGGAAGCCUUUUAUGAUCCUAGAUUGGAGCUCGUUAUCAAUGAUGCCAGGGCUGAACUUGAAAGAAGGGAAGAGGUGUAUGAUGUGAUAAUAGGUGAUUUGGCUGAUCCAAUUGAAGGAGGGCCAUGCUACCAACUCUAUACCAAAUCAUUCUAUGAAUUAGUAGUUAAGCCUAGGCUUAGCCAGGGUGGCAUUUUUGUCACACAGGCAGGACCAGCUGGGAUUUUCAGCCAUACAGAGGUGUUUUCUUGCAUCUUCAACACCCUGAGACAGGUCUUCAAGUAUGUUGUACCUUACUCAGCUCACAUUCCAUCUUAUGCUGAUACUUGGGGAUGGGUCAUGGCAUCGGAUAACCCUUUCACACUGAAUGCUGAUGAGCUAGACCAAAGGAUCAAGCAGAUGAUUGAAGGGGAGAACAGAUAUCUUGAUGGCCAAACAUUCACUUCCUCUUCUACCUUGAGCAAAGCUGUUAGAAAAUCGUUGGACAACGAGACUCAUAUCUACACCGAAGGGAGUGCGAGGUUCAUAUAUGGCCAUGGGAGCAAUGCUUGCAAGCAACAUUGAGCUCUGAGAAAGAAAAAGAGAGCAAAGAAAAGAAAAGAAAAUUUUAAAGAAAUUUGGGAAUUGAUGGUUUCUACUUUUGAUAUGUUGCUUUGAUUAUGUAGUUGUUUGACAGAAAUUAUGUUUGGCCUAAUGCCUUGUUUCCUUGUUGGUUUCCUUCCUCUAUAAGUAUUAAUGGAAGUGGAAUACAUGUCAUGGCCAACUAUAUAAGUGUUGUUUUGCUACUUUAUAAUGUACAAUUUUCUUUACUUUAGCCAUUUUCAGAAUGUUGGAAAUGGUCGGAUAUAUAUGCAUAUAUAUUUUUAUUCUA